AUGGCUCUGAAGGGGACUGAAGUGGGAACCAUUCUGGUCAUUGUUGCCCUGAUGUGGAACGGUGCAGCAGCUCAGUCAGGCUGCACGAGGGUGCUGAUGAGCUUAUCCCCGUGUCUCAACUAUGUCACUGGCAAUUCAUCGACACCUUCUUCUUCCUGUUGCUCACAGCUCAGCAGUGUUGUUCAAUCACAGCCUCAGUGCCUUUGCUCGUUACUGAAUGGUGGCAGCAGCUCACUGGGCAUCACCGUGAAUCAAACUCUAGCUCUAGCGCUUCCCGGAGCUUGCGAUGUGCAGACUCCACCAGUUAGCCGAUGCAAUGCUGCAAGUGGACCAACAGCUUCGGCCGAUACACCGCGAACUGCUCCAGUGGGUUCAGCAGAAUCUACUCCUUCAGAUUCCUCCAAUCAAACACCUGGAACGCCAGAGACUCCAUCAAAUUCAGAUACUCCAUAUGCAGGAGCAGGUUCGAAAACAGUUCCUUCCAUAAAAGGUGGCUCUGCCAAUGGUGCUUCUGGUGGAAGCACAAUCAAAUUGCCUCUUCAUGUUGUGGUGUUCCUUCUCUUUGUUGGGUCUUUUGUUUCUACCGGGACCAGGUUCUAAGCUCUACACAGUCGCAAGGGUCUUGUCUUGUUCCUCGUUCCAGUGGUCUCAGUGAUGCUAGUUGAGUGAUGUGCUUUCCCUUCCUUUUACGAGAACAACAAUUGUCACAGUCUUUGUAUUUUUAGUCAAAGAGGUUGUGUUUUGUGUGCUUGUAUGAUUUGUUACAAGUUAUUUACUAGAGAAUGAGUCAUGAACUGA